UACAAAAGUUUACAUACAUAACAGUGCAUAGAUAACGGUUUUUUUCAAAAACCGUUAUGUAUGAGCGCACUUUUAGGAAUAGAUAACAGUUUUGCAAAAAUCCGUUAUCUAUGUAGUGUUGUCUAUAUGCAUAGAUAACGGUUUCAAUUAAUUCGUUAUGUUUUUGCGUUAUCUAUUAGUUACAUACAUAACGGUAUUACAAACCGUUAAGCCGACCGUUAUCUAUGUGCGUAUUUUUGAACUCUUAGAUAACGAUUAUUGAAACCGUUAACUAAAAGUGUUAUGUAUGUUAUUAUUUCAUUUAAUUUUUUAUUUUCAUAAUUAAUUUAUUAAUUAAAUAAUUUAAAAAUAUUGUAUAAUUCUAUCUCUCAUCUCUUCCCCAAAUCUGGAGAAAGAAGGAGUUGACUGCUGCCGCGUCGCUCCGACAGUGGUUGCCCGACGCCACCGCCGCUGAAGCAGCGCAGCCUGGAGACCUCCAGCUACCGCCUCGCUCGGAGCCGCCUCCGACCUCGCCGACCCUCAGCUGCGCGACUGCACCGCGUGACCGGUCUCCAAAAGAUCCUACUGAAUUCCUUCACACGAUGAGGGCUCUGGUGCUUCGUUUUUAAGGCCGGAACCAGAUCCAUCUGAAGUAUUUCCCGUUUUCUCCACAUUCCCAUCAGAGGAACUGCCAGUUCGAGCGGGGGAAACUGUAUUACCAGAUCUCGGCCGCGUGCUCAUCUUUUUUUCACGAGUUUUUUUCUCGAUCCGGUCGGCGGCGCUGAUAGCACGCCGCGCCUGCCGAUCCAGACUCCCCACCGCGAGGGCUCUUCUCCGGCCGACCGCGACUCCAGACUCUCCACCGGCGCUCAAGGCUCAGCUGCUCAGAAAGUGGCGAUCUGCACAGAGAGGAAAGGGGAUCCGGUCGAGCUCUCAAUCGCAGACCCUAGGAGCCGCCGCUGUCGCCGCCGCCUUCUACAAUAGCCACCACCAAGGCUGUUACAGCAUUUUCAAGUGGGGAGAGAGCAUAUGCUGCUGAAACUGAUUCGCUUUGAUGAUUAUGAGCUAAACUUUUUAAGACUGUUGCUGUUUGAUAAUAGUAGAUUGGGAAUUCGAAGCGUAGUUGUGGAGUCAGCAGAUAGCUUGAGAACUUCGGGAUUUGCUUUAGGAAUUUUAGCAAAUGGUUGGAGGGCACUGGAUGCUAUUGGCGUAGGCGACAUACUUCGCGCAAAACACCACAAACUUAGCAGAAUUGUGACUACAUCGGUUAACUCUGGGAUUCAGACUGCUGAGCUACCAUUUAGGGCUUCGCAUUCACAGGAUGAUCUGGAGUCUCGGUGUGUGAGUCGGAGAGUGCUGCUGGAAACACUAGAAAAUGAACUUCCAAGAGGUACAAUCAGGUACUCCUCCAAGGUGGUUCAUAUACAAAUUGAGGAUCGUGUCGAAUCUAUUCAUCUAUCCGAUGGAACUGUCCUGAAAACUAAGGUCUUGAUUGGAUGUGAUGGAGUGAACUCUGUGGUGUCCAAGUUCCUAGGCUUUAGUAAGCCGGUUUAUGCUGGUCGAGCAGCUGUUAGGGGCUUCGUGUAUUUUAAGGAUGGACAUGCUUUCGAGCCAAAGUUGAUGCAGUUAUUUGGGAAGGGUGUUAGAUUUGGUGUUAUCCCCUGUGAUGAUUAUACUGUUUACUGGUUUUUCACCUUUAGUCCUUCAUCUCAAGAGAAAGAGAUGGUGGAGGAUCCGGCCAAGUUGAAGCUAUUCAUGCUCAGCAAGCUGGGCAAGGUAUCUGAUGAGAUCAGGCGAGUAUUCGAGGAAACACAACUUAGUUGAUAAGACGAUUCUCUUUCAAGUAAUAGAUCGAGAGUUCGUCACUUAAUCUACGUGAGCAGUAAUUCUAAAAAAAAUAAAAAUUAAUUGUCCCUUCAUGGGCAUGGAAUCGAUGAGGCUCAGUCAACUCUAAAGUAUUGAAUUAGUUAAGCUUGAAUACGAACAUAGUUAAGCUAUCAAAGCAACUCUAACUGUUUGCUUGCUAAACUUUUCUAUUUCUUGUUAACUAUAAAUGAUCAGAUUAAAGCAUAUUUGUGACCAAGAAAAGGGAUUAGAUUCUAGCUUGUUGCUGGUUGAAGAUGAAAGUGGAGUGAAGAUAUGAGAACAAUAAAUUAAAUACAAAGCAGCUGAUUAGGUUAAGUGGUUUUGGGUAUUUUUUGUUUUUUAAUUUGCUAAUGUAGUUGCGAGACCUAGAAUUUCUUCACUUUGUUUCUGCUCUCUCUCUCUAUCUUGUUUUUCAAUGUUUGUUAUAACAUAUUUCUAAGAGGCAUGGUGGUUCAAUUAAAUAAUGGGGGUUAGGGAAGACUGUGAUAGACGAUAAGUCAAUGAGGUUUGUCUUAUAUGAGGUCUGAACAGUUUCUACGUUUAUAUUUUUCUUGAUUUUGGGUAGAUGUGAUGGAUUAAGAUAGAAAUUUCUGUUGCUGAAUGAUUGUUAGGAGAUUAAUUUCAUAACUUUAUGAUAUUGCAGGAGGCUGAUGUUAUGAGAAGCAAAUUGGAGACGGCGAAAGAGAGGAAGCUGAUGCUCGCUGCUGAAGUUCGGUUUCUACGGAAAAGGCAUAUAUACCUUGUGAAGACGAAGGAUGCGAAUUCACCUGUGCAAGAACAAAAUCUUGUACAAGCGCCAAACUCACUAAAGCGUGCUAAAAUCACAAAGCAGCAGCUUCUGAAUGGAAAAGAAGCGAGCCGGCAUAGAUUGCCUUCAGCUCCAGUACCCAUCUCCAAGAAGAAACGAGUUGCUCUGCCGAUGCUUCAUGUAGUAAAACAUGUAUUAACAGGCAACUUGUGUAGCUCGAAUUGUUGGAUGCUAUGUUAUAUAUGCUAAUAUUAUCUUGUCAAUGUUAUUUUAUUA